GUUGGGCAAAGGGAUGCGGGGUGGGGAUGGAGAUGAAUAGUCGCGGCUGUUCCCUUUAGAGAAAGUCUUAUGAAUUCGGCGUUUAGCCACUACCGUUAGGUCUAUCGAUGUAGGAUGCUGCAGGAUCUACGAUGCGCAUUCGAAAGUGGUAGGUUUUGAGAAUCUAUGCUAGCAGCACUGCGUACAGGAUACUUGUAUAUCAAGGGAAAAUACUUUUUUUAAAUAUUCAAAAAUGGGGAAGGAUUAUUAUUCUGUCCUUGGAAUUGAGAAAGGGGCAUCUGAUGAAGACAUCAAGAAAGCUUACCGAAAACAAGCUCUAAAAUGGCAUCCAGAUAAGAAUAAAUCACCCCAUGCAGAGGAAAAAUUCAAAGAGAUUGCAGAAGCUUAUGAGGUGCUGAGUGAUCCCAAAAAGAGAGAGAUUUACGAUCAAUUUGGAGAAGAAGGUUUAAAAGGAGGAGCUGGAGGGCCUGAUGGACAAGGUGGCACAUUCCGUUAUUCCUUCCAUGGAGACCCACAUGCUACAUUUGCAGCAUUUUUUGGUGGUGCAAAUCCUUUUGAAAUCUUCUUUGGCAGAAGGAUGCCUGGUGGCAGUUACAGUGAAGACAUGGAAGUGGAUGGAGAUCCUUUUGGUUCCUUUACAGCUUUUAAUAUGAAUGGAUUUCCAAGAGAAAGAAACACUGUUGGUAGCCAGCCCCGUCGUAAACAAGAUCCUCCUGUUAUUCAUGAACUGAAGGUAUCAUUAGAAGAGAUAUAUCACAGCUGCACAAAAAGAAUGAGGAUUUCCAGAAAAAGGCUGAAUCCAGAUGGAAGAAGUGUCAGAACAGAGGAUAAAAUCCUUACCAUUGAUAUCAAGAAAGGAUGGAAGGAGGGUACUAAAAUCACAUUCCCCCGAGAAGGAGAUGAAACACCCAACACGAUCCCAGCUGAUAUUGUUUUUGUGAUUAAGGAUAAAGCUCAUCCUCAUUUCAAGAGGGAUGGGUCAAACAUUAUCUAUCCUGUCAAGAUUAGUUUACGAGAGGCUUUAUGUGGGUCUUCAAUCAAUGUACCAACAAUAGAAGGUCGAACCAUACCUAUGACAAUAAAUGAAGUUGUAAAGCCUGGAAUGAGAAGAAGAAUUAUAGGUUAUGGUUUACCAUUUCCUAAAACCCCUGAUCAGCGAGGUGACUUAAUUAUAGAAUUUGAAGUAACCUUCCCAGAUAGUAUAGCUCCAGCAUCAAAAGAAGUACUCAGGAGGAAUCUUCCUGUUUCAUAAGGAAAUAACUUUUAUGAACUUUUCCUAGAUGAUGUGAAACAUUGGAAGGUUAAUGCUGUCAAAGUACGACUAUAACUGUGGAACUUUUAUAGUGUGUGUGGAUGUGGGAGGGAGUUAUGCAGUGCUGCAUGAGAAUAAAAAGGGCAAAUGCACAAGACUUGUGAUCAAGUAUUAUGCUGAAACCAUUCGCUGUAUUAUAGAUCUUCCUUUUCCAAAAGUUUUCUUAUAUGUGAAAUGUAAUCUGCAGAGAACACUUUGGGUGUAUCUUUCUAAUGAAAUGCUUGAAGUUUAAGCACUUCAAAUAUCAACUGUGUAAGAUAUUGUAUCAUACUAUCAGAAUUCAUAAUAUAAAUCCACAUACUAGGUGCAAUAUUCAUGUUGUGUAUAUGCCUGUUUGCUCUGUUUUCAUUGCACUUAGCAGAAGGCAGAAAAUGUCACUUAAUGUUCAUAAGCUCAAAGAAAAUAUUUCCCUUGUGGUAUAAUAGAUGCUUAGGCACUCCUUUGCUCCCUAUGUAGAGUGGUAGCCUAAUAAUAAAUAGGAGCACUUGUCUAAAGGUAGAUCAUUUGCAGUCUACCAAAUUUCCAGAUAGAAAAUCCUGUGAGAUACAGUUGCUUUAAAGACUUUCAUAGUUAUUGGCAGCCCAAAUAGAAGACCUUUCUUAACAACAAUGUAAAAGACAGUUGGCCUAAACAUAUUUAAUAUAUAUAAACACCUCUAUAUAGCUAACACAGAUUCUAGUAUUUCAAAAGUAUUCAGGUUCCAUGAAUGGUAUAUUCCUAUCUCUAUCACAAUUAUCCAUAGAAAGGGAGAAAGAAAAGGAAAAAAAACCCCUCAAUCUAGUUUUUCUUAAGCAUCUAUAGGGCCGGUACCUUGGAUGGCAAAAUAAAUCUACUUAACUUGUUUUCAGCAUUUGCCUUGAAACAUAUUUCAGUGUUCCAAUAUAUGUAAGUAAUUUUUUGUUAAAAAGAAAAUAUUUGAUUUUAUUAUUUGUUCAUGUGUUGGAUAGCAGCACUGUUAACCAACAGUGUGGUCAACCAUUUUAUAUGGUACCACUUAGGAAAAAAUAUUUUGAGAAUUGCAGUUUAAUUAUUACAUCUAUUUUCUAAGUACUAGCACAUUUGAAAUCCAUGUUAGGAUUAUAAUAUUCCUGUGAAUUUUUUUUUUUAGAAACUAAAUAAUUUGAGCUCAUUAGCAGCUUUUGAUUUCACAUCUGGAAUACAAACUGAUAUAUGCAGUUGAUAACUGACCCAGAAUGCUUGUUUAUAUGACAUUAGAAAUGAGAAAGCAAAAAAAAAUUGCUGCUUAUUCCUUAUGCAAAUUGUUUGUGCACAAAAUUUCCUUUAUGGUCUGUACUGCAUUUCGUACCUUUUUAAUUAAAAUUUGUUUUUAUUGUU